AUGACGGACGCUUCCGAUCCCGAUCGUGAUGUCCCUACCGCUGCGCAGAAAGGCAAGGGGCCCGAGGUGGCCGAGACUGUGACUGCGCCGGGAGAAUUGGCGGUGGACAAGUCCGAGAAGGAGACGAAGAAGGAUGGUGAUGGCACGGAGAGUAAGGAGGAAGAAGAGGAUUAUGAGGACGACGAGGAUGAGGAUGAUGACGACGACGAGGAAGAAGAAGAUGACGACGACGACGACGACGACGACGACGACGACGAAGAUGAUGACGAAGACGAGGAGCCCAGGCUGAAAUACGCUCGGCUCACCCAACACCUAGGGCCCAUUUACCGCAAUGGUGAUGCGACCAGCGCGUUCCUCGUCGCGGGUGACAAGAUGAUCAUAGGAACGCAUAACGGCAACAUCCAUGUGAUCCAACUGCCCAUGUUCCAAUCUCUCCGCGUAUACCAUGCCCAUUCCGCCUCCAUUACGAGCAUCUCCAUCUCCCCGAACCCGCCUCCGUUACCAACAGCAAGAUCCGAAGCGGUGCAGAGACUCGCGGCGGAGGCUGCCGAAAGCGUCGCUAAGCAAAGGCCACCCUCCCGCCAGUCAGGCGCUUCUCCUGCGGCUGCCUCAAGAAGGCCUAAGGAUCCUUCUCCUGUACCUAACACGCCCUCGAACAACGUCCACAUCGCUACGUCGUCCAUGGACGGUAACGUAUGCGUGUUCUCCCUCGUAGAUACAAAGGAUGUCCAGCUGCGAAACUUUGCGCGCCCUGUGCAAGCGGUAUCACUCUCCCCCGACUACAAGAAUGACCGGACAUAUCUGUCGGGUGGUCUGGCUGGGCAGCUUAUCCUAACGUCCGGAGGCCAGCCGGGCCGAAGUACCUCGACGACCGUUGGAACAGCAGCUGCCACCGCUUCUGGAUGGCUUGGUAGUAUGGGCCUGGGUACUAACACGGGUAAGGACACGAUCCUGCACUCUGGUGAAGGCACAAUCAACAAUAUCAAGUGGUCGCUUUCAGGGAAAUACGUAGUCUGGCUGAACGAGCACGGCGUAAAAAUCAUGCGGUCCAAGUUGCACCUGGAGAGUGCCGACGCUGACGAUGCUUGGAAACGCAUCGGCCACGUAGAUCGCCCCCAAACGGAUGAAUGGGAAACCAUGGCCAGCGUCUGGAAAGGACGCGUCGAAUGGAUCGACGAGCAAGCCGUCGAGACCGAAGAUGGUGAAGUCGGGCGAAAAGACGUUGGCUCAGAGCUAGCAUCCGAGGGCUCAACGCAACAAGCAUUCUCAAGCACCAAGAAGAUUGAGAGGCUCCUAGUUGGCUGGGGAGGGACGAUCUGGAUCAUCCACGUUCACCCAGGGAGUGUUGGUACUGGUAAGCGGGCUGGCGAAAAGUCAAUCGGACGCGCCGAAAUCGCCAAACACCUUCGUAUGGAUUGCAUAAUUUCUGGAAUUUCGUUAUAUACCCAAAAUCUUCUCCUUGUACUAGCAUAUGUAUUACCGGAUGAUGAUGAAGACAAUGAGGACGAGAAGGCUGCCAAGGGCCACAAGUCAAAAUUGUCAACAACGUCAGCAAGCAGCGAGCCCUCUGGUGGAAUACGACGUCGCCAAAACAAUUUACCACCAGAACUUCGAUUAAUCGACCUAAGCUCGCAAGCCGAAGUCGACAAAGAUGGCCUUAGCGUAAGUAGAUACGAAAGGCUUUCGUCGGGUGACUACCAUCUCGGAGUCCUCCCAGCGCAAAAUGCUGCCUCAGCUGUGGCUUCUUCCAAGGGCGCUCUGGAAGCAAUCACUGGAUUUGGAUCAGACAUGUGGAAUGCCGCUAUCAAUCCAAGGACGCUCUUUAGCUCUGGCGCAAGUAUCAGGAGCGGGAACAGCGGAGACGGUGUCUCUAGCACGCAGGUCCCGAGCUCGGUUGGUGGUGCCCGAAGAUCAGGGACACCUACAGUUCACCCCAACCUCAUCAAGCCAGGGGUCAAGAUCUUUAUUCACAGCCCGUUCGAUUUCAUACUUGGAACGAAGAGGGACCUUGGAGACCACUUGGGCUGGUUGCUGGAGCAUCAAGACUACCAGAAAGCUUGGGAACUGCUUGACGAGCACCCCGAGAUCAUGGCAGCACCCCCAGAGAAUCUUCAUGAGCUCGUCCCGACAACGCCAGACAAAAAGCAAAGCAGUCAGGAGGACUUUGACGAUGCCUCGUCAGUUAUGGGAUCUACCGGACUGGCAAGACACCCUAAUUCCUCGGCCCAGAAGGAGAAGAGACGCAUUGGCGAAUUGUGGAUACGGGAGCUGAUCGAGGCAGGUAGUUGGGCUGAGGCCGGCAAGGUUUGUAGCAGAGUCCUUGGUUCCCCAGACAGAUGGGAGAAAUGGGUCUGGACAUUUGCUGGCGCGGAUAAGUUCGAUGAAAUCACGGACUACAUUCCCUCCGAGCCGAUGUAUCCGCCAAUCCCAGGCACUAUUUACGAAGUCGUCUUGAAUCACUACAUCCAGGUAGACAAGCUUCGAUUCAGAGAACUGCUAGAUCGCUGGCCGACCGACCUCUUCGACAUCAAGACUGUCACCACGGCCUUGGACAAUCAACUCAAGUACCGCGAUGUGCGAGAGGAUAGCGUCGAAGGGGGCGAGAAGGGUCGCGACUGGAAGAUUGUAAUGGAGUCCUUGGGACGAUUACACGAGGCAAAUGGGCGCUUCAGGGAGUCGCUCAAAUGCCACAUCAAGCUUCAAGAUGCGGACUCGGCGUUCCGACUAAUUCGCGACAAUCAUCUCGCCGAAGCGGUCACUGAUGACAUUCCCGGCUUCAUUGGAUUGCGAGUGCCCAGCAAAAAGCUCGGUUCCAUGGGACCGGACGAACUCGAAGCCGCCACCUCGGAGGCCAUUACUCUCCUUGUUGACGAAGCGCAGCAUGGUCUCGUCAAGCCUUCCGUGGUUGUAUCGCAACUCGAGGAGAAGGAACUCAAUCUCUACUUAUUCUUUUAUCUGCGUGGUUUGUACAAGGGCGAGGGAAUUGAGGAGCAUUCCGGGGAGACUCGAGACAGGCUUUUGAUGGACAGCCAAUCCCAAGUUAACGAAUUUGCGGACCUGGCCGUUCAACUCUUCGCCAAAUACGAUAGGGACCUUUUAAUGAGCUUCUUGAAAUCGUCGACCUCUUACAAAUUCGAGAAGGCUGUCCAAGAGUGUGAAAAGUACAGGUACGACGACGAGCUAGUGCAUCUGUACUCCAAGACGGGUGAAAUGAAACGAGCUCUCUAUCUCAUCAUUGAUCGGUUAAAGGAUGUUAAGAAGGCAAUCGAUUUUGCGAAGCAGCAAGAUGACCCCGAUCUCUGGGACGAUUUGUUGAACUACAGCAUGGACAAGCCAAGCUUCAUUCGCGGGCUUCUCGAAGAGGUCGGAACGGCCAUUAAUCCCAUCAAGCUCGUCCGGCGCAUUCCCGAAGGACUUGAAAUUGAAGGUCUGAGAGAGGGCUUGAAACACAUCAUGAAGGAACACGAGAUUCAAUACAGUAUUAGUUCGGGGGUGGCGCGGGUGCUCCGAAGCGAGGUCGCCGCUGCACAAAAUGACCUGCGCAGUGGGCAGCGGAAGGGGAUCAAGUUCGAAGUCGUCGUUCAAUCGACGGAUCACGUUGACGUCCAAGUGAGAGACGUUGUGCAUCCGCCAGUCAGCGCGGAGGAGGUGGAGGAGAGUUUCUUCAAAGCACCGAAGGCGGUGGAGCAGCCGGGCCAUACUCAUCAGCCGCCAAAGCCAGGUCACUGUGCUCAAUGCCACGAGUCUUUUACUGAAUACGAGAUGGAAACCUUGGUCGGCUUUGCCUGCGGGCACGUAUUCCACCAAUCCCAUCUCAUGGAAAUGCUUUACCCGGGCAAGCGACAAGAGGCCGAUUUUGGGCUGGCUAGCGAGGAGUCGAUCCGGAGCGGGUAUCGUGUGGGCUCAAAGGUUACGCAUGCGCGAUUGCUCAAGGACCGAGUGAGGGAGGGGUGUCCUGUUUGUACUCACGGGGCCGAAGUACCGGUGUAG